AGCGUCACAAGUGUCCUGGUAGCAGGUGCGUCAUUGCCAUAUACUGCAACGCUCACCUCCGCGUCGAAGAUGCUUCAGAUGCAACUUGCCUCGAGUUGGGGGCACGGCGUGCUCGCAAUUACAUAUUCGCUGUUGCUACCGAGAGCACGGAGCGCGAACCGUCGUCUCAACCGCAGGGAGAGGAAAUACAUACAUAGCGGACGGAGAACCUCGAGAAUUGCGCGAGAGGACCCUCAGUCGUCGCGGUCUCGCGUCGUUUCACGACCUGGGGAGAUGUCUCACCAGCUACGAACCCUUCUUACCGGACGUGCAUGCGCGGGCCAACGUGCUUGCAGCUGGAGCAUUAUACGCCCAAUCAGCGACCAACGUUGUGUAGUGCAUGCCUCUACGACACGCCUCCACGAGCGCGUUACUUGUAAUUCACGAAGAGGCGCUGUGGCGAAUGGUCAGGUCAAACAGCCGGUCGCAAGGCCAUGCUGCCAGAAAGUCAGCAGACAGAAGCGCCUUGUGUUGAAGCAAGUCAGGUGAAGAAGCCUGGUCGUCACGAUGCCCCGCUUGAAACCGCUCGCUGCUUCUGACGCUGCACUCGUAUACAGUGGUCGCAAUGGACCCAGUCAUGUCCGUCGGACCUCGGUCUAGUCCAUUAUAGUGGAUCCGGAGCUGGGGAAUGUCGUGAUUGAAAAUUUAAAAAAUAACCUUUGUAUCUCUUCUCGCGGAUGCAUCUUUCUGUACUGGUGGGGUCUCGUCGACCGCUGGGAAUAUGUGUUGUGGCGUCAUUUUGCGUCCUUGUGUUCAUGAUCUGCAAUGCCUGCAGCUGCCGAUUUGCAUAGGAGCCCAGUAGGAAGUCAUAGCGCAGA